GAUUCCGCCAAGUCACCCACUGUUGACUUUAUUUUAAAGAAAAGAAGAGAUGAGAAGAUGGGUUGUGAUUCCAUUGGGCAAUGGGCAUGGAGCAGGUAGUCAUAGUCUUUAAUCCCUUUGAAGUUUGAAGAAUGAAAGGAAAGUAAUGAAUGGAGGCAUUCCCAAAAUAGAUCCCAUGCUUGUUAGAAGCAAUCAAUCACCUUUGUCCCCUCACCUCUCACCUCUCACCUCUCACCAAUCACCAAUCAUCAAUAUUCAAAUUCAAACUCACUUUACCACUCUUUUAAUAGAAGAAGGGAGAAGAGAGAGAGGGAGAGGGAAGUGGAGAUGGCAGCGUUGCAGAAAUUGAGGCUGUUGGCGACACCGUGUGGGGUUGGUCAGAGCCCAACCCAAAGCCCCAGGACGAGCCCAUUGGUCCAAUUCCGGCGCCCCAAAACCACCCUGCGUUCUCUCCUUACACUCAACCGAUCACCUCGGCGACAAGAACACGUGGACGUGGUGGAGAAGGAUUCCAUGCGGAGACACUCACUCAAGGACCUGUUUGUGUCCUCGCCGCCUCCAGAGGACCACGUCAACGAUCGUGAAACUGCUCCAAUGUUGCCUUCCGUUGCCGCCUCCCAUUCUUGGAGUAACCAACCCGGUUCAACCAACCCGCCUUGGACCGGUUUUCGUUGCAGGUCCUUGUUGAAAAGGAAGCAUUGGCGCCCCCUCCUCCUCACUAUUCCCGAAUAAUCUAUUCACAUCACUUCCACUCUCCAUCUCCAACUUUCAAUUGCUUCUAUAUUUAACUCUCCUUAAAUAUAAUUGCAUUUUUCUUUUCACCAUUCUCACUCUCUCUUUCUAUUAUGGAAUUUCCUCAUAUGACAAAUCAAUCAGAUUCUCACGUUCCAUCGUCUAUCAAUGUCUUACAUUGAGAUCAUUGUUGAUGAAUUUAAAUUGGGAAAAAUCUUGUUUUGUUGAGAAGAA